AUGCUAAUAAUUCGUAUUGUUGAAGAGAAGAUUUUGCCACUAUUAAAAGAAAUUGACCAAGUCUUUUUAGGAAUAACUCGUAGAAUUUUGAAAAUAAUUGCCAUCAUUAAUCUUCCGUGGGAACAAUCAUCCUCACGUGAAUUGCUGUGUUUAAAAAUCUGA